UGAUAACUUGGGGCCUCGCAAAUGCACUACAUCAAGAGAAGUGAAGAUGGCGGAUGUGUUGAGUGUUCUCCGUCAGUAUAACAUCCAGAAAAAAGAAAUCGUUGCUAAAGGAGAUGAGGUUAUAUUUGGGGAGUUCUCGUGGCCGAAAAAUGUCAAGACCAACUACAUAAUCUGGGGUACUGGCAGGGAGGGCCAACCCAAAGAGUACUAUACUUUGGACUCUAUCUUGUUCUUGCUUAACAAUGUGCAUCUCCCGCAUCCUUCCUAUGUGCGACGAGCUGCAACAGAGAACGUCCCUGUUGUCAGACGACCUGAUCGAAAAGGCUUACUGUCAUAUCUCAAUGGCGAUAGUUCCACAUCAACAAGUAUUGACAGAAGUGCACCUAUAGAAAUAGGUUUGCAAAGACCAACACAAGUCAAACGUGCAGCUGAUGAGGUAUCAUCUGAAGCCAAAAAACCAAGGAUUGAGGAUGAAGAGCGAGUGCGUCUGGAUAAGGAACGUCUGGCUGCCCGUCUGGAGGGUCACAAAGAGGGUAUCGUGCAGACUGACCAGAUCAGAUCGCUGUCUGAAGCAAUGUCAGUGGAGAAAAUCGCAGCCAUCAAAGCCAAGAUUAUGGCCAAGAAGCGUUCCACCAUCAAAACAGAUCUGGAUGAUGAUAUAACCCUGAAGCAGAGAAGCUUUGUGGAUGCUGAGGUGGAUGUCACAAGAGAUAUUGUCAGCAGAGAGAGGGUCUGGAGGACCAGGACAACCAUUCUUCAGAGCACUGGAAAAAACUUCUCCAAGAACAUUUUUGCCAUCCUUCAGUCAGUGAAAGCCAGAGAAGAAGGCCGAGCACCAGAGCAGAGACCAGCACAAAACACUACUCAAGCAGACCCGUCCCUAAGGAACAAGCAGCCUGUCCCUGCUGCCUACAACAGAUAUGAUCAGGAGCGAUUCAAAGGAAAAGAGGAAACUGAGGGUUUCAAGAUCGAUACCAUGGGCACCUACCACGGCAUGACCCUGAAGUCAGUGACGGAAGGAGCAUCUGCUCGGAAGGCCCAGACCCCAGCACUGCAGCCUGUCCCACGUCCAGUUUCACAAGCCAGACCUCCACCCAAUCAGAAGAAAGGCUCCCGGACACCUAUCAUCAUCAUCCCCGCUGCCACCACCUCACUCAUCACGAUGCUCAAUGCUAAGGAUCUCCUGCAGGAUCUAAAGUUUGUCACGUCAGAAGAGAAGAAGAAGCAGGGCAUCCAGCGUGACAAUGAAGUUCUGCUUCAGAGGCGCAAAGAUCAGAUCCAGCCUGGUGGCACAACGCUGAGUGUCACUGUGCCGUACCGUAUUAUUGAUCAGCCACUCAAACUGGCCCCACAGGACUGGGAUCGAGUGGUGGCCGUGUUUGUGCAGGGUCCUGCCUGGCAGUUCAAAGGCUGGCCGUGGCUGCUGCCUGAUGGAUCUCCUGUUGACAUUUUCGCCAAAAUUCGAGCCUUUCAUCUGAAGUAUGAUGAGGCAAAGACAGACCCCAACGUGCAGAAGUGGGAUGUGACCGUCCUGGAGCUGAGUCGCCACAGACGCCACCUGGACCGACCUGUCUUCCUGCGCUUUUGGGAAACCCUCGACAGAUACAUGGUGAAACACAAAUCUCACCUCAGGUUCUGAGCCCAGAUCACAUCAUCCAUCUCCGACCUUCCAGCUCUCCUCAGUCCACCUCUUACAGAGGUAACCCCUCUCAACCAAGCUGCCAUCCCAUCUUCCAACAUGAUCCACCAUUUUAACAGGUGAAGGAGAAGGAGGAUGCACUAUCCAAUGGGCUUCCUCCAACUCAUUCCCGAGGGCUUCUAAUGCAAUGCAUAUGUUGUUCUGGACACUGGAGAGGAGAAUUAGGAUUUUUGUGUUUUUGUUGUAAUUGUUUUCUAAUGUUUUCAUGUAGUUAAAAAAAAAAUCAAAAUGUGUUUUAUAUAUAAAGACAACAUACUGUGGAAAUGAUUUAAAUGAGAUAUUAAGCCACAUAAUGGGUUCAGAGGGAGAAGAGGUUUGUAUUUUUGUUCAUCAAUUGUCAGUGAAUUGAGAGAAACAUGAAAAUGACUCUCGGUACAAACAACGAAGCCACAUAGUUUGACGAAAGAGAUUUCUUUUACACUUCUUUUUUUUGGGUGUUUGUGGUCUGAAUGUACAUAUAUGAUAACACCUGUCAGAGCCAAAGCUCUUGGGGCAGACAGGAGGAUAGGCAGGUAAGUGAUUUGGUAAUACUUCAGAAAACUGCUCUGCUUUGCCUCAGUAAAAUGACUUCAGUCAGUUCCUAGCUCAGCUUUUGACAGCACAUUUUUUGGUCUUGCAAUGACCCUGCUAAGUCUUUUUCUUAUUCUUUGUUAGUGUUGUGCUAAAGGAGAGAAGUGAUGGAAAGUAUUGCUCUGUGUCAUCUCAUGAAAAUAGACAAUAAAGCCUCAGAGAAACAAA